AUGAAAACUCAUAAUAAUAAAAUCGAAGUGAAAAUGUACCUUAGGGUUAUGAUUGCGUCCUUCGUGAUAGUGCUGCUGGGAGCACUCAUUGGAUUUCUGGCAUUUCCCAUGAUCUUCAAGCAGCUGAUCAAGCGAAGUGUUAAUCUGAAGCCCGGCAGUGAGACGCGUCAGCUGUGGGAGAAAACGCCUUUUCCGCUCAGCUUUAAGAUUUACGUCUUCAAUGUUACGAAUUCAGCGAAUAUCGAAGCCGGUGGCAAGCCGCAGCUACAGGAAGUGGGUCCAUUUGUCUAUGACGAGUGGAAAGACAAAUAUGAUAUAGUGGACAUUGAGGCAGAGAACGCAGUCAGCUUUAAUAUGCGCAACACAUUUCAAUUCCGUCCGGAUCUGGGGCUCAGCGGAGAGGAGCUGAUAACCAUGCCGCAUCCCUUGCUGCAGUUCCUAGCCAUUGCCAAUCUGGCACAGCCAGCUGAGGUGCAGGCUGCCGUUGCCCUGGGGCUGGAUCUCAUUUUCCAGCCUCAAAGCGCAUUCAUAACAGCCAAGUUCAAGGAUCUGUUCUACGCUGGCAUCGAUGUCAACUGCGGCUCAGAUCACGCCGCUGUUCAGGCCAUUUGCCAGCAGUUCCAAGCAGGCGCAGUGCCUGGCGCUGUGGCUCUGAACGCCACGCACUAUAAAUUCUCACUGAUGGGCGGGGCAAGUAUAAGUAAAAGAGUGAAAAGUUUUCCUAUCAACCGGAUUCUCUUCCCUCUGCAGGGCAAUCACACAAAAGCCGGACGCUUUAAGGUGCUGCGCUCCUCCGGCUCUAAGCAGCUGACAGUGGGCCAAGUUCUCGCCUACAACGAGGCUGAGCAAUUGCAGGUGUGGCAGGAGACGAACGGCAGCAGCUGCAAUCGCUUGCGCGGCACAGAUGGCACCAUCUUUGCGCCGCUCAUGCAGCCACAGCACGGCCUGUGGAGCUACUCGGCACAGCUCUGUCGCUCCCUGACACCCAAGGCAAUGGGCAAAACCAAGUACAAUCAGCUGCCAGCUCAACGAUACGAGCUAAGCUUUGGUUCACCAAGCGUAAGUGAGAUCGGAUCUCAAUCAAAUCUCUCACUUCAGACGGAGCCGGAUUUGCACUGCUUUUGCACGAAUUUUCCCGGCGAUUGCCCAGCCGAUGGCACUAUGGAUCUAAUGCGCUGCAGUGGCACGCCUUUAAUGGCAUCCUUGCCGCACUUUCAUCAGGCGGAUCCAAGGCUAGUGGAGCAAGUGGAAGGACUUUCGCCUACAGCUGCUAAGCAUGGCAGCACAAUGAUCUACGAGCAGCUAUCUGGCACGGUGCUCUCUGUGUAUAACCGCCUCCAGUUCAGCUUGAAAGUUAUGCCAGUCAAGGAUGUGCCCACCAUGGCGCAGCUGCGUCCUUUGGCCAUGCCACUCUUCUGGAUCGAGGAGUCGUUGCAGCUGGAUGAGAAAAUCAGGCAGCUGCUGCACAAAAAGAUAUUUGCGUGAGUUAAGCAAGAGUAUUUGGAAUAAUAAUGCCUGUUUUUAUAUUUAUCUAUAUGCAGCGUGCUGAAUGCCAACAAUUGGUUUAGAUGGCUCUGCAUUGGCCUUGGUAGCCUGGGCUGCAUAUUGGGCGGCUUGUUCCUUCACCUAAGUCGCAGCGAUGCCAAACGCGUGGGCUUCACUGUUGAGGAAUAGUUGGUGAUAUAUAUAAAUAUACAACAAAUAUAUCCUUA